AUGGCGGUCGCUCAACCAAAGUCCAAGCCUGCUCCAAAGGCAAACAACUCUUCAGCUUCCAAAGGCAAGAUGCAGAUGCACCGAAGAUCGCGAACAGGCUGCUAUACCUGCAGACUUCGACGAAAGAAGUGCGAUGAAGGUUCUCCAAGCUGCACCGCAUGCAAACACCUCGGUCUUCGAUGCGAAUACAAGAGACCAAUGUGGUGGAGCAACAACGAUCAACGCCGCAUGCAAAAGGAUAACAUCAAGAUGAUCAUCAAGCGCAAGAAGCUGUCAGAGAAGACUAACACAACCACCAAUACUCAAGUCAUGACUCCUGGUUGCGAGACUCCUCCUGGACUAUCACACUCACUGCCAACAUCGGCUACGUUUUCAGACUCUUUAGACCGCACUCGAUCGGCUUCGAUCGACUCUCUUUUUGAUUUCAACAGCACUCCUGGUAUUGCCGACUACACUGCCUACAACGCUCAGAUGCACUCUUCGCACUCGCAAUACGCCUCGAUGUACCCAGAAUUCUCUCCAUACGAGAUCGACGUGAAGACCGAGAGACAGAUGUUUGUCAACGAUAUUCCAACAAGACGCGAGUCAACAAUAUCGACAUUCAGCAACUACCAGCCACCACCACCAGAGCACAUGCUUCCAUCUUACCCGGUCGAGAACGAAUGGGAUGGUCUUUACGAUGCAAGAGAAAUGGCAGAGGAGCCUUUAAACAUGAACUUGUUUGACUUUUCACACGCUCCAUCAACAGCCGUUCACCAGGUUGCAAUGCAAUUGGACGAGGGUGACCAAAGACUCCUCGAUCACUUCAUCACCGACGUCCUCCCAACCAUCUUCCCAGUCCUCGAGACAAACCAACCCGGCUCUGCUCAAUCUGACUACGUUCUCCCAGCACUCCAAAGCAACAAGUGCUAUCUGCACUGCUGUCUCAGCAUCUCGGCUCAGCAUUACAAGUCGAUCAUGAACGUGCAAGGCGAUCAAAUCGACAACGAUAUCAUGCGCCACCGAUAUGCAACAAUUUCAGAAUUAUGCGAGGCACUCAACCGAGAUACCGACCACCAGGAGAUUUUGGAAGCUACUCUUGGCAUGAUCUUUUUCCAAUGCUCAGUCGGCAGAUCCGAUGAUUCUCUGCCUGACAUCCCAUGGCACCAACACUUUCAAGCUGCGAUCUCGCUUGUCCAAAAACUUGACCUGAGUCGCCAGGUCCUCGAAUCUCAUGACACCCAAUCAUUCAAUAUGACACUCACCUCCUGGAUUGACAUUCUCGGAUCAACCAUUCAAGGCCGCGCUCCCACUUUCGCACACACCUAUCGCGAGAAGCACCUUUCUCAGACCAACUCCUCCCUCGGUCUUCGCGAGCUGAUGGGCUGCGAAGAUCGAGUCAUGUACCUCAUCUCUGAGAUCGCCUGCCUCGAGGCUCUCAAGAAGGAUGGUAUGGAUGACAUUCAACUUUGCCAACACGUCCACGCUCUCGGAGAUCAAAUUGGUCUCACUGAGAUUGGCGAGUCUGGACCAAAGAUCCCAUUCAACGCACACGGUGUGCUCAGCCCAAAACAAUUGAGCAAGAACAUGACCACCGCAUUCCGCCUCGCCGCUCGCAUCUACCUUUGCAGCCUAGUACCUGGCUUCACUCCCAGCCAAGCUAGCUGUGUCGGUUUGGUCGAGAAACUCACCCAAGCAUUGGAAUUCAUUCCAGCUGGUGCCAACGGCUUUGAUCGCAGUCUCGUCUGGGUCUACCUCAUCGGUGGAAGCGUUAGCACUGCCGGCUCUUCUUUCCGCGCUUUCUUCGACGAGCGUCUCCAACAGAUCGGAGACCUCGCAAACCUUGGAAGCUUCGGCCGCGUGGCCUGCCUUCUCAAGGAAGUCUGGGGACAUGUCGAUGGGCAAUAUUCUCCAGGUGGUGGUGAGGCACACUAUGUCUCCUGGCGAGAUGUGAUGCAGAUGAAGGGCUGGGAUUUCUUGUUGAUCUAG